AUGCCUGAACAUGUCGCCCAGCAGCCAAGCAGUGGGCCGUAUGCCGCAAUCUACCAACAACUCGACACCGCACGCCAUGAGAUUCGCCUGCUCACUCUGCAUCCUGCCAGUGACGAAAACGACCAGAUUUGUUGCUCUCUUUCCCACGCAGAGCUGAAUCCCCAAAACGAUUCAACAGCUCCUGUUUACGAAGCCCUCUCUUAUGUAUGGGGCGAGCCGAUCUUCUCAGAACCAAUACUUCUCAACGACCAAAAGUUCUUCGUCACACCAAGUUUGAAGUACGCGCUUUCGUAUUUGCGGUCAAAGACUGAACCUCGUACUCUGUGGGUCGAUGCAGUAUGCAUAAACCAGUCAGACAUGGAAGAGCGAAAUCACCAAGUUGCGCUGAUGCGAGAGAUUUAUUCUCGAUGCCAGCGGGACAUAGCUUGGAUAGAUCCGAUGAUAGGAAGAUCUUUUGACAGCAGUCAGCUUGCACACCCGAGACUCCGUGAUGAAGUUGAAGAAGAGAUCAGGAAAGGAAUGGAGCUGAUGCACAAGAUCACUGCUAAGGAUUCCAAGACUCUAAAACGUCUACAGAAUAUGCAUGACUCUGACGGUUAUUUCCUCGAUUAUGGCCCACAGGAACACCUUCAUGCUGUCUUUGAUACACCAACUAUUUGGAAGCGCCUUUGGGUUAUGCAAGAGCUCUCGCUAGCUCCGCGGCUGACACUUGUAUGCAAGGAUGAUGAGCUGGACUGGGAUUCAUUGUCGGUGUUACUGAGAGAUGAGCCUUACUUUGACGCAUUUCAUAUGUACAGGAGUCACGAGAAUAGCUUCCCAGUGUGGGGAGAGAUCUUCGUCACGGUCAAGCUCAUCGAGGACCAGCGUCGGCUCUUUCGGGAACCUGAAAAUGUUCAUUCUGGGCUGAUGGAUGUGGUGACCCGCUUCCGGGAGAUGGAGUCUACCGAUCCGAGAGACAAGAUAUUUGGUCUUCUUGGCUUGGUCACUGAGAACCAUGGUAUCGAAAUUGAUUAUACAAAAUCAGUCGGAGAGCUCUAUCAAGAAACCACUAUAGCAUUGAUCAACCUCUCCGGUAAUCUGGACAUUCUAUGUCAGAACCCGUUUGAGGGUAAUGAUGGGCAUAAGGCGCUCCAAGAAGCAGGUCAUCGAAACACACCGUCUUGGGUCGCCGAGUUUGAUGCGAAACAUCAAGAUUCUGUGGCACCCAUCUUUGCUCAACGCGACAUCUUCGGAGCCGGGCUCAAAUGUUGCGAAACGCCCUGUCGCCUUCUUGGAAAAGAUCAACGUAUCUUGGCUUUGAGAGGCACCAUCUUGGGAAAGGUUAAGCCAAUUCUACAAAAUCCGUCAAAGAACUAUCUCGUCAAAGGCAUCAUGGACCUCUACUUCGACCGAGACACAAUUUUGAAUCCCUCAGCCCAUAUAUAUGCUCCAAGCAUCAACGGCAAAACUGUGUCUACCGGCGAGACAUGUAUAAGUGCGUUCUGGAGGACGCUAGUUAAAGACUGCACGAUUCCACCAAGAAUGCGCCGCCUCCGACAAAAAGAGAUCGACAUCCUCAAUGUUACUAAUCAGGAAAGAUUAAGAGAAGGCGAGAUCAACGUCUUCAGCUUUCAGAUCGCCAGCGACAGGCAUGAGUCGUAUUCCAUAUUUUCUUACGAGCUUGGUGAUGGGUUUGACUAUGCUGAUGUAGAUGAUGGGUCAAACAUGACUAAAGUGCGCAAUGACACUAUUUUGAGAGAAUUCAUGUUUGUGAUGACCGAGAAUGGAUUGUUUGUGUUGGCGAGAUGGCAUGUGAGGGAGGGUGAUGUUGUUGCUGUUCUGGAUGGUGGGAAAGUCCCCAUGAUUUUGCGAAAGGCUGAAGCUAUUGAGAAUGAAGAGGGACCUGGGGACGUGUACAGGGUUGUUUGCGCGGCUUAUGUGCAUGGCUUUAUGGAUGGGGAAGCUGAGACGGGAGUUGAGGAGGAAUGGUUGAAGAAACAGGACAUUAUGCUAGUAUAA